AUGAGCAGUCAGAUUGUCUUAAAGGCGCUGCAGGCCCCGGAAGCGAUUGCCGGGGUCGCCGCCGUCAUCGCCCUUUUCGUCAUUCGAGUGUGGUUCAUCAGCCGUGAAAAGAAGAUCGAAGACUCCCCGGUGCUUGGAAAUCCCGGGGAACCGGCUUUUGGCGACGCCCUGGAAGCCGGGUACCAAAAGUUCAAGGAUUCGACCUUCACCAUCCCCACGGCCCAUCACUCCAUGGUCAUCGUGCCCACCCGCUUUCUCAAUGAAAUCAAGAAUCAGCCCGAGAACAUCCUCAGUUUCCAGAAGCAGGUUUCGGAACGAUUCAUCGGCAAGUACACUGGACUUGGAGUUAACGACACGCUGGUUCACUCUGUCAAAAUCGACCUGACCAAGAACAUUGUGAGGAUCCUUGGCGAGCUGCAGGAAGAGGUUGAUUUCGCCGUCAGCCAGCACAUUGGCGACUGCAAAGACUGGAAGCCAGUGCGCCUGUAUCCCACUCUAUCUGCAUUGGUGGCGCUUCUCUCCGGGCGCAUCUUCGUUGGCCUCCCAUUGAACCGCAAUCCGGACUGGAUCAAUGCCACGCUGAGCUAUACCAUCGAUGGCUUCGUCGGGUCCGACAAGCUAUGGAAGUAUCCGCGGUUCCUGCACCCGUUUGCUCGAUAUGCAAUUCCCGAGAUCCGCAAAGUCCAUACAAUGCUCAAGCCGAUUAUGGAUGAGCGCCGUAGGCGUAUGGAGAGUGAGGAUGGGUACAAGCCUCCGCAGGACAUGGUACAGUGGAUUAUCGACAACUCGAGCCCAGAGAAUGCCAAGGACGUUCACUACGUAUCUAAAACACAGAUGCUCAUUUCCGUAGUGGCAAUCCACACCACGUCCAUGACGAUGGCACAAGCAGUCUUUGAUCUCACAAGCCAUCCAGAAUACAUCCAGCCGCUGCGGGACGAGGUGGAAGAAGUCCGCAAGAAGCAUGGGAAUGUCUGGACGAAGGCCAGUGUUGCCGGUCUGCGCAAGAUGGACAGUUUUCUAAAGGAAUCCCAGAGGUUCCGGCCCCCGGGUCUCGUUACAAUGAACCGAAGGUGUGAGGUUGACGUUAAGCUGUCUAAUGGCCUCGUUCUCCCGAAGGGCACUCAUAUCGGCGUUGCAGCGGGCGCUAAUGCUCUGGACGAAUCACUCUUUGAGAACGCCUCAGAGUUCGAUGGCUUCCGAUUCGAGCGUCUCCGCUCCCAACCGGGCAACGAGGCCAAGUAUCAGUUCGUCACGACAAACGACACAGACCAACUCCACUGGGGCGUUGGCAGCCACGCCUGCCCCGGCAGAUUUUUUGCCAGCUACGAGAUCAAGAUGCUGCUCGCCAAGAUCCUCACUGACUACGACAUCAUGUUGAAGCCAGGUGAUAAGCGCCCGCAGGACAUUGCGCGGGACAUCAGAGUCAUUCCCAACCCAGCAGCUGAGAUCAUGUUUCGUAACAGGUCUUAG